AUGAAAUCGCCCAGUCUCCCAACAAUAUUGCAAAUUAUCGCAAUUGUGGGUGCCACUCUCGCGUCCGCCGACCGCACCUACACCAACCCCAUCCUGCCCGGCUGGCAUUCAGACCCUUCGUGUGUCUACGUAACGGAGCAAGAGACCUUCUUCUGCGUAGCAUCAACGUUCAUCGCCUUCCCAGGUCUUCCACUCUACGCCAGCAAGGACCUCGAGAACUGGGAACUCGCCAGCAACAUCUUCAACCGACCGGGCCAGAUCCCUGACACCGCCGACACCGAGGGCCAGCAGGGAGGGAUAUAUGCCCCGACCCUGCGCUACCGCAAUGGCACUUUCUACCUCAUCGUCUCAAACCUAGGACCUAGCAUUAAGGGCCUAGUGUUUACAUCCACCGAUCCCUACAGCGACGCCGCGUGGAGCGAUCCCCUCGUCUUUCCGGUCCACGGAAUCGACCCGGAUAUAUUCUGGGACGACGACGGACAGGUCUACGUAACCUCUGCCGACAAUAGCAUGAUCCAGCAUUACUCUCUCGACCUCGCAAGCGGCGAAAUCGGGCCAGUGACGUAUCUGUGGAACGGAACAGGUGGUGCAAGCCCCGAGGGACCGCAUCUCUACCGCAAAGAUGGGUACUACUACCUGCUCAUAGCAGAGGGAGGAACGGAGACAAACCACGCUGUGACUAUGGCACGCUCAGAGUCCCGCACGGGACCCUGGGAGCCUUGUCCAGAUAACCCGGUCUUGACGAAUCGCAAUACGACCCAGUACUUCCAGACCGUCGGGCAUGCUGACUUGUUCGAAGACGGCAAUGGAAACUGGUGGGGGGUUGCGCUCUCUACGCGCUCGGGGCCUGAAUGGCUUAACUAUCCCAUGGGCCGAGAGACGAUCUUGACUUCGGGGACGUGGGAGGAGAAAGGCUGGCCCGUUCUACAGCCUGUUCGGGGUGUGAUGCGUGCUCCUUUGCCGCCAAAGAGUGAAGUAGACCGUCCGAUUAACGAGCCAGAACAUCUUACCUUCGCACCUGGGUCUGAUAUUCCCAGGAAUCUUGUCUACUGGCGGUUGCCGGACGAGUCGAGUUAUGUUGUUUCCCCAGAGGGGCACCCGCAUACACUCCGUCUGAGACCCUCGGUUUAUGGGCCGUCGUAUAAUGCAUCCUCUGUUACGGAUCCGAUUACCUUUAUUGCGAGACGGCAAACGGAUACACUUUUUUCUUUCAGCGUGGACCUAGAGUUUGCACCGAGGUCUCCGAACGUUGAGGCAGGGGUUAGUCUGUUCCUAACGCAGGAACAGCACGUUGACCUUAGCAUUGCCCAUAUUUCCCAUUCACGAAUUCUCCAGUUCAAAACAUAUGGGCGAGGGAAUUACGAUGGCCCACUGCGUAAUGUCACCGUGGAUAUUCCGAGGAACUGGGGCAAUAAAACAGUUUCCUUGAGUGUGGAGGCUGUGGACGAUGAGACGUACCUCUUUUCGGCAUCUUUGGCAUCGAAGCCAGGUAAUAGUAUUCCGGUUGGUACGGUUGAUGCUAGAGUGGUCUCUGGAGACACUGGGCGGUUUACAGGUACUCUGGUUGGUGUUUAUGCUUCUUACGGCGGUCAUGGCCAGAGGGCUAGUACAAGUCAGGCCAAAGGUCUUGACACAGAAGCUGACUUUGCAUAUUUCAGCAACUGGACAUACGAGGGACUGGGCCAAAAGGUCGAUUAUGACAACAUUGUACCUAGUUACUAA